UCAGACUGCACUUCUGCAACAACUUUACUCACUUCACCUUCUGAGUUUUGCAUUAGUUUAUACUUCUCACUGGACUUCUAAACUUUAAGGGCGUUCUCAGAAUUUAAAAUGGAAGAGAUCCAGAUUGAGUCGAAACCUCUGCUUGUUGAAAAGGACCUCCAGGGGCUGAGAGAGGCUGUUCAGCAGCUUGAAAUAAAAGAACAUGAUGUUGAUACCCCUUAUGGUAGGAUCCAUUGUACUAUGAAGGGUGUUCCCAAAGGAGACCGACCUGUCAUUCUCACCUUCCAUGACAUUGGAUUAAACCAGAAGACAUGCUUCGAAACUUUGUUCCGUCAUGAGGACAUGCAAGAAAUUAUGCAGCACUUUGCUGUGUGCCAUGUGGACGCACCAGGACAGCAUGAGGGAGCCAACACCUUCUCCACUGGGUAUGAGUACCCUUCCAUGGAGCAGCUGUCUGAGACCCUUCCUCUGGUCCUCAAACAUUUUGGACUUAAGAGUGUGAUGGGAAUGGGAGUUGGAGCCGGUGCUUACAUCCUUGCAAAGUUUGCACUGGACUACCCUGCUAUGGUGGAAGGUGUUGUUUUGAUCAACAUCAAUCCGUGUGCGGAGGGAUGGAUGGACUGGGCAGCACAAAAGAUAUCUGGCUGGACUCAUGCUAUGCCUGACAUGAUCAUCACCCAUCUCUUUGGAAAGGAGGAGAUUCAGCUAAACCAUGACCUGAUUGGCACUUACCGCCACCACAUCAUAAACGACAUGAAUCAGUACAACCUGCAUCUCUUUGUCAAGGCCUACAACAGUCGGAGAGACCUUGAAAUUGAAAGGCCUGUAGCUGGAGGAAAUAUUACUGUCAGAACCAUAAAGUGCCCCUCUCUCCUUGUGGUUGGGGAUAGCUCACCUGCUGUGGAUGCUGUGGUGGAGUGCAAUACUAAGCUGGACCCGACCAAAACCACACUGCUGAAGAUGGCAGACUGUGGAGGCUUGCCACAGGUUGACCAGCCAGGAAAGCUGACUGAAGCCUUUAAGUACUUCAUCCAGGGAAUGGGUUACAUGCCCUCUGCCAGUAUGACUCGCUUGGUUCGCUCUCGCACUGCCUCGGGCUCCAGUGUCACCUCCUUCGAUGGCAAUCGCAGCCGCUCUCACACCAACGAGGGCAGCCGCAGCCGCUCGCACACCAAUGAAGGCCGAGCUCGUUCACACACCGCCGAUGCCCAACGUGCACGCUCCCACACUGAUUCAAUGGACACCAGCGGCAACAGCUCUGUGGAGCAGUCGGCGCUCAAAUCUACUGAAGUGUCAUGUUAAAUCAGCUUUUCAUUUCUGUAAACCCUAUCAUAGUCUUUCUUUAAUCCCUGACAUGUGUGUGCUGUGCUGUCACUAAUCUAACAUGCCCACAAGUGCAGGCCAUCAGCCAUGAGCACAUGCACACCCAAAUACAACUGCAUUAGUCCAAGUGUGACAAUGCCAAAUAAUCUUACUGAAAAGCUACAAGCCUAAAAAGUGCUGUACUGGAAAAUAUUGUUAAAUAUAUUCAACAUGAUGUAUGUGCUCACUUCCCUUUUGAUGUCUGCUAUUUGUUUUUGGGGCAACACAGCACAGAGAUAAUGUGAUAAAGAUUUCAAUAGUAUUUUGGGAGCAUACAAGUUUGUACAUUUGUGUUCAUCUUAUAUCAAUUUACUAGUGUCACUUAUCACAUGAAUGAUUGUACAUGGCUUACUUUUAUAAUAGUAAUAUAUUUGCUUACUAGUUUUAAUGAUUGUAUUGAGCAAUGAUUGGGUGGUGGAAAGACUGAAUUUUUCUAUAUGCUAGCUACCUUUUAAAAUGAAAGUAAACACUUUUCAAAUAAAUUAUCACUAAUGAAAUGAUUACACAAAACAUUUAGUACAUUCCAAAGCAUGGUAAUGUUUAUUAUAAACGAUAAUUAAUGUAGAGUUAAAAAUAUAGUUUUUUUAUUUGUAUAGUAAAUAUCAAAAUGCAUUAAUGAUUUCUAUGCAGUAUAGCACUACAGAACAAAUUGUGCCAUUUAGCUAGUGGUGGUGGUGAAAGAUCAGAUGCUGUAACACAAUAACCCAGACUUUUAGGUUAACUAGUUUUUAACAAUAUACAACAAUACAAGGCGCGGCAUACAGUGCAUUAGAAUUGUAAUAGAGUUUGUAUUUAUUAAAAAGAAAAAAAAUGAAAAA